AUGUCUUUUGCACGACAGGUGUUCGGUCAAGUUCAGCGCCGAGCCUUCUCGGCGUCUGCACGACAGCCCUCCAAGGUUGCCAUUCUGGGUGCCGCCGGUGGUAUCGGUCAGCCGCUGUCGCUGUUGAUGAAGCUCAACCCUCGCGUUUCUCAAUUAGCCCUCUACGAUAUCCGCAUGGGACCAGGCGUUGCUGCUGAUAUCAGCCACAUCAACACCAAGAGCACCGUCAAGGGUUAUGAUCCGACUCCAUCCAGCCUCCGAGAAUGUUUGGCCGGUAGUGACAUUAUCCUCAUCCCAGCCGGUGUGCCCCGAAAACCUGGAAUGACUCGUGAUGAUCUCUUCAAUACCAACGCUAGCAUCGUUCGUGACCUGGCAAAGGCCGCAGCGGAUGCCGCACCCGAGGCCAAUCUCUUGGUCAUUUCCAACCCUGUCAACUCGACCGUCCCCAUCUGCGCUGAGGUCUACAAGAGCAAGGGAGUCUACAACCCCAAGCGUCUGUUCGGUGUCACUACCCUCGAUGUCGUCCGUGCCUCCCGAUUUGUCUCGGAAAUCAAAGGAACCGAUCCGGCAGAUGAAAACAUCACCGUUGUUGGCGGUCAUUCUGGAGUGACCAUUGUCCCCCUGAUCUCUCAAUCCGGUCACGGCGAUAUCACCGGCGAGAAACUCGAUAGCCUUGUUAACCGUAUCCAAUUCGGUGGCGAUGAAGUUGUCAAGGCCAAGGAUGGUGCUGGCUCGGCCACUCUGUCCAUGGCCAUGGCCGGUGCCCGAUUUGCUGAGAGCUUGCUGAAGGCUGCGCAAGGCGAGAAGGGUGUCGUCGAGCCCACGUUCGUCGACAGCCCAUUGUACAAGGACAAAGGAAUCGAUUUCUUUGCCUCCAAGGUCGAGCUUGGCCCCGAUGGGGUCCAGAAGAUCUACGAGGUCGGCCCUAUCUCCAAGCACGAGGAGGCUUUGCUGGAGGCAUGCUUGGGAGGCAAGUGGCACAUGAUCCUACAUUGA